AUGUCGAAAGCGUCUGGGCUCUGUGAUUCCAAGUUCUACGGCCUCAGGAAAAUUCUCGAGGAUAACGUCAAUUCAGGGAAGGAACUCGGAGCAUCGCUCUAUGUCAAUGUUGGAGGCAAACCUGUCGUCGACAUGCAUGCUGGUUUUAUGGAUGAGCUCAAAACACAGCCGUGGACUGAGCACACCAAGACAGCUGUCUUCUCCACCUCCAAGUGCAUCACCAACCUAGCCGCUCUAAUUUUGGUCAGUCGUGGGCUUCUCGACCUUGAUGCUAAGGUAUCCAAAUACUGGCCCGAAUUUGCUGCCAACGGCAAAGAGGAUAUAGAGGUCCGCCAUUUUCUGAGUCAUUCCUCAGGUUUGUCCGGCUGGGAUGAACCUAUGACAAUGGAGAAAAUUUAUGACCUGGAAAGUUCGGCGAAGCUUCUAGCAGAGCAGGCUCCGUGGUGGGAACCUGGUUCAGCUUCUGGAUACCACGCGAUUACACAAGGGACGCUGAUUGGCAAGCUCGUAAAGGAAGUCACCGGAAAAUCGCUGAAAGACUUCAUCGAGGACGAGCUUGCCCAACCUCUCGGAGCCGAUUAUUCCCUUGGAGUCAAAGAAAGUGACUGGCACCUUGUGGCCCCAGUCGUCCCGUUACCCAGUCUGCCUUUCGCUUCCAACCCGGACCCUGACAGCGUGCUGGGCAAGACACUUAAGUCUCUACCACUCAAAGCCGAAUAUUUUAACGAACCCCCGUUAAGGAGAGCCGCUCUUGGUGCCUCUAACGGCUAUGGAAAUGCACGGUCUGUUGGCAAAAUCAUGUCUAUUGUAUCGCUCGAUGGGCAGGUUGCAGGAAGGAGUUUCUCUCCCAAAAAACUCUCGACCGCGUCUUUCAGGUAG